AUGAUGGAAGAAGAAGAUUCGUAUGGAUUUGAACAAACUCUGGUAGGAUGAAUUUAAGUUUCAAAAUGUUUGUGCUCAUUUUGCGGACAACUAAACAUAAACAAAUUUUCAUGAGCGGUGUUCUCGUGCGAAACUUGGUUGUCGAUUUACUUUGUGUAUUUAAAAUCUAUUGAUUCCAAUUUUUCCCACAUGAGAGAGAAAAGAAUCGACCACUAACUUCCUAUAAUACGGUCGUUAAAGCACAGGUUUGGAACGAAAUUAGCGCCUGAUAAAUCACUCCACUCGUGUGUUCGUUCAGCUGUUCUAUAGUAAUUCAGCUUUUCUUGUUGUCAUCACGGUAUUCCCAAACACUUAAAGUUAUGUUUAACGAAAUUAAUUAGUGCGUACAAAAUCUUUGUAAAGCUUAUUCAUGCUUUAAGAUUUUGCAAAUUUCGUUUUCGUAUGUUUACCGGUAGCAAAACAACGUGUAUUACGUCCGGUGUUUAUGUACCGGAUAUUUGUGAUGAGUAUAACAUGAGCUGUUUAUUUGAUGUGACGAUUCCUUUUGCGGUCUGUGAAACACUGAUCAAAGGAUACGUGAGCCUAGAUAAAACUUUUGGGGACUCUUUUCUCCCCUUGGGGAUUAGUAAAGCAAGGGAACAGGGCUUAGAGCACUGGCUGUCACACAUGUUGCAAAUUUGAUCGGGGAGGUUUUUCUCGAUCCGGAUGUUCCGGAUUGCUCCUCUCUUAGAAACCAUCACUUAACCAUCCAAAUUCCAAUUGAUCUGGAAUGUACAAAAACAUAUAAGCAAGCCAACGUUUGUUGAUUAACAAAUGACGCAGUUGUUGGUAUCCAACAAGUUGCAAUAGCUGUGGCCAUGUGACUGAGAGACGAGAUCCUGGUGUCCAUUCUGUUCUUAUGUUCUCGCUGAAGCUUGUCGCAUUCGUAAGUGGCUAAUCCAUUACUCUGUUUGUACAGCAUACGGAGAUGUGUGUCAGAUCGCCUGAGCUCCAGAGAUUUCCAUUUAAGAGAAGAUAACAUAUCAGUAACACUGUCUAAUCUGUCCUAGGGCCCGAGUACCCAGCGAGCUGCUCGGUUUUGAAUCAUUUUGACCUGCUGUAUGUUCGUAGCUACGUAAGGGUCCCAGACAGUGGCACUGUAUUCAACAAUCAGUCUCACAAGGGCUUUUGCAAGCUUGUUCUUUGGAUUUGGCCGAACAAGUGCGGAGAUUGUGGUGUAGAAAGUUCAAAGUCUUGUUUGCUUUGGUGGUAAUUUAAUUUACAUGAUCUUUCCAGUGUAAAGCAUGUGAGAGGAUGAUCGCUAAAUAUUUAGUAGUAUCAACAGUUUCUAGGACCCUGCCAUGAAGUUUGUACUGAAAUUUGAAAGGUGUACGUCUGCAUGUUACCUGUAUAAUGUUGCACUUGCUUGGAUUAAAUUCCAUAUGCGAGUCGGAUUCCCAUUUUUCCAAGCUGUGAAGGUCAUCUUGUAAUUGCGAGCAAUUGCUCUCAGUUUUUAUUGUAAGGUAAAUGACAGUGUCAUCGGCAAAAAGAUGGACCCUUGACUCAACACAGCAUGGGAGAUCGUUCAUAAAGAUAAGAAAUAUUAACGGCCUCAGCACUGAUCCUUGGGGUACACCUGAUGUUACCGGAACUGAAUGCGAAUGCUCUCCUUCUAGAACUACACUUUGUCUUCUUUUCUCAAGAAAACUUUUCAACCACUGCAAUGAAAUGUCAUCAAAGCCACACUUAAACAAUUUGUAUAGCAAGCCGUUGUGUGGAACCUUGUCAAAUGCCUUGCUAAAGGUAUUCAUGUUAGCCAUGAAUGGCUAUGGUCCACAGGGGAACAACCUUGUUUUGGGGAACUGAUUUUCCCAAAGUGAAGUUGCCUGGUGAAAUCUUCCAUGGAUACAUCAUCAAAAGGAAGGGGGAAAACAAAAGAGAGGAGAAUUUUCCAAAGUGUUUCAAGGUUUUUGUCUGAGAUUGUAGCUUAGACUGUAGUGAGUAUAAAUAUCUAGAGGGAAUAAUGUUGGUUUUGGGAGGAAUUUGAAGAUAAUGAAGAUUAAAGAAUUAAAAAUUCACUUUUGAUUAUGAUAUGUUUUAGAUGUAUGGCCGUUUUACGACCACACAGCUUCAAAAAUAUGCCCAGGAACAGGGUGCAAGAUUGCGGAGAGAGCAACAACAGAAGGAACAACAACAAGCUGAGGAUGAGUUUAGAAAUUAUGAUGAUUCUUGCCUUUCAAAUUUUAAAAGUGAGUAUAUUAAAUUUGUGCUAUAUAUAUAUCUACGCAGAAAGUGAAGUAAGACUAAUCUUCAGUCUUAUUUCAUCAGCCUUCCUUUAUGACAGAGAGGGGUUAGUUACUCUUAAGAAAAAUUUGGGUGAUAAGCAGGGAUGGUGUCAAGGCUGUGCUCGAAGAAAAAUUGUAGGGAGCCCCUUGGCCUGAACCUGAAAAAUCCAGGGUGCAUGCUCAGCAUAUGAUUUCUAUGCAAAAAUGGAGAUUUCCUAGUCUCCCAUGAGGAAAAGUUAGCUACCACAGGCCACCAGGUGCUACUAGAGUACAGUCCUGGGUGAACUUAGUUGGUUGUCCAGCCAUCACACUAUUGCUCACCGAUUUAAGUAAUUUUUUUUCAAACACAAUAUGCACAAUAUUUUUGUUCCGAUAUCCAGACACCAACCACUGUCAGGGUUUUGCAUGUGUAGUGAUUUCUCUUGUUCUCUCUUGGAAUAUUAGUGAGUUAAAGAACUACAAUCUUGGACUGAAUAAAAUGGAACAGUAAAUCCCCCAUCCCCCUACCCCCAAAUCAAAGAUGUAGCCAUGCAAAGCCAAAACACACCAUUUUCCCACCCUUGAUUUGGGGGCAUGGGGGACCACACUGGCUUUAUUUUUUUCCAAAAUGGGGCCCAUCAGCCAGGGGCCUUCAUGGUGAUAAUAUUUUAGUUUGAUGAAGUGAAGGCAUUCAGUUAAGUUAUGUUGUGGUAGCAUUUGAUGGGUCAAUGUUGCCUGAGCAUGCUCAAAUUUUUUUUACGACUGAAAUCAGCUGUACCGUUUGCUUCUCCAGCAAAAAUUAAGCAAGUAUUCCUUAUACUCAGUAAUAUUUUUAUUAGGUACCUAAAUGUAUUUUUGUAUUAUUUUCCUAGUAAUGCUUGUUUGCCCUUAAAUUCAUUGUUUUAGGGUGUAUAGAAUGGCUACGUCCGUGCUGGAGUCGACUGGGUAGCGACUGGGUUUUUCUUUUAAUUCUUGGGAUAAUCAUGGCACUGAUUAGUUUUGUAUUAGACUUGGCAAUUGAAAAAUGUCAAACAGGUGAGUAAAAAUACUAUCAUGUAAAACACAGCUCAGAGAUAUUGUAGUUCAGAAAUUUGUGCCCAGUGCAUUUUGCUCAUCACAACUCUAUUAUUCCAUGGACUGCAAUUGAUAGUAUAGACUAGGUUAAAUUGGAGUUGAUUGGUAGAAGCAGAGCUCUAUAAAAACGUAAAGGUAUUUGUUCACAGUCUUGAAUGUUGUAAUAAUCAAGGCUGUGCUCUAAGGAAAAUUGAGGGGAGCCCAAUGCUCUGAAAUUGUACAAUCCAGAGUGCCCAGCAUAUGAUUUGUAGGAAAAAACUGGGAUUUUCUAGUCGCCCGAGGUCAAAAGUUAGGCACCAGGGGCCACCUGGCUCUGCUAGAGCACAGCCCUGAAUAAUUAUUGUAAAAUAAAAGAAAAAGAAAAAAUAAUACUGUUGUUUAAUCUACAACCUUAAAUUAAUAAAUUAUUUUAACACCAAGAAACAAAAUAGUACCAUGUGGAAGUACAUGUAAUAAAGGUGGGCCAGAGGUUUCAUUUCAUGGGUUACAUCGUAGGAAUUCAAAACAAUUAAAAAGUUAGAGCUACAUAACAUACAUGUAACUUAAAAAUUGACUUUGGGAGUGACAGUGUUGAAUUGGAGCAACAUGACUUUUAGCCCAGUCAAGUACUAGCUACAUGUAGGAUGAUGAAAAAAUGUAGUNGAAAAAAUAAUACUGUUGUUUAAUCUACAACCUUAAAUUAAUAAAUUAUUUUAACACCAAGAAACAAAAUAGUACCAUGUGGAAGUACAUGUAAUAAAGGUGGGCCAGAGGUUUCAUUUCAUGGGUUACAUUAUAGGAAUUCAAAACAAUUAAAAAGUUAGAGCUACAUAACAUACAUGUAACUUAAAAAUUGACUUUGGGAGUGACAGUGUUGAAUUGGAGCAACAUGAUUUUUAGCCCAGUCAAGUAUUAGCCACAUGUAGGAUGAUGAAAAAAUGUAGUUAAUCAGUUGGCCUAUUAUUUAACUUUCAGCGCACAUUUGGCUUUACAAUGUAUCAAGCAACACUUUUGUACAGUAUAUUGUGUGGACUUGCUUUCCGCUGACUCUUAUCACCCUCUCUGUUGGCUUCACGUAUCUAGUUUCACCUCAUGCUAUUGGUACGUUUUUCGUAAUACAAUGUAUAAAUUUAUACUACAGUCGACUAUUAAGGUGGCUCACACUGACUUCAAAGAUUUUUAGGUGUGACCUCAACAUUCAUGGAUCAAUACAUUGUUAUAGUAGAAAUUAAAUACCACCUUUUUAUAUUAAACCAACAAAGAUGGUAUUAAAGAUACCAUAGUUACCAUAAGUUACCUUAGCAACAUUACAACCCCUUAAAAAUACUCAGUUGAACUCGGAAAAUGUGAGUCACUGAACCCCCAUUUUUCAGCUUAUCAAAAUGUAUUUUUCUUUAUAUAAUGGUUAAAAUUUUUGUCAAGCCAAAAAGAAAUAUUAGAAAUUUACUAUUUUUGAUUCAAAGUCUUUUUCUUUUGUUUCAGGGUCAGGCAUACCUGAGAUGAAAGUCAUUUUAAGGGGAACGGUGCUAAAACGCUAUUUGUCAUUAAGAACAUUGAUUGCUAAAGUGGUAAGUUUAAUAGGCUACAAUGCUUUUAGAUUUUUGAGAUCUGUUUAUAGAAAAAAUAUCAAAUCUGUACUUGAGCAAACCCAACAUUGAUAUGAUUGCACUCCUUUUAACUAUGUCGGAGAUGAAUGAAUGUAUGAUUUACAUGUAAAUUCUGCAAUAUGUUGUUGGUUCUCUUCUUUGCUCCGAGAGGUUUUUCUCCGGGAGAGGUUUUUCUCCAGGUACUCCGAUUUUCCCCUCUCCUGAAAAACCAACAUUUCCAAAUCCCCAUUCGACAAGGAAUCAGGUAGACAAAGAACCACUUUGUGGAUGUGCUACCACCUCAAAAUCAUUAUUUAUUUUAUUUAUUUAUUUAUAUAAUAAUGCUGAGUUAGAAGAUGCCUGCAUUGGGCAAACGACAGUUACAUGAGUAAAAUCAAUAUGUACUGCUCUUGUUUGCAGGAGUCACAGUAGGGGAAGUCUUGUGAAUACUUAGUUGCUUAUAAAUAAUAAUGUUUCAUCCACUGAGUAGAAUGCUUAUUUAAUUAAACCUUAACUAAUUGAAGCAAUAAAAUGUGCAGACAAGCACCAUAUUUGAAUUGUUUGUACACAGAUUGGUCUUCUAACUGCAUUAGGAAGCAGUAUUCCAAUUGGAAAAGAGGUGAGUUUUGUGAUUCUGUAGCUGCUUGCUACACUGUACAUAUUACGUGACUGUUAUGUUGAUGCUCAGUUUUGUCCUUGGUUUAAUUUAAUAUGUUAUAUUUUUUUUGGUUAUGGAUAUGGAUGAUAAUGAGAUUGAAACAAAGGAAAUAAAAAGUUAAACCAAGGAUUACAUUAAAUUAAAGCAAAACAUAUAUUUUUUGGUACAACUCUACUUCCUUUUGUCUUUUUUUUUGUUUAUUUAUAUGCAUAAUUAAUAGCAUUUUUUAAUAAAUAAUUUUAUUAAGUUUGACUGUAACUACUUCCCACAGGGACCUUUUGUUCAUAUUGCAAGCAUGGUAGCUCGAUCCAUGGGAAAGUUCGUGGCAUCAUUUAAAGGAAUUUACACAGUAAGAUGAAAUGUUUCUUUUUAUUUGUCGCACUUUGUUUUUAACAAAAGCUUAAAGCUUUUUCUGUCAACAUUGGUGUACUGAUUGCUCGACAGGAAGUUAAGUCCACAAUGUUUUCUUCAAGGAAUUCCAAGAAAAUUAACAGUUCAAAACUUAAGGUGUUUAAGAAUAUCACAACAACUCUUAAUGAACAUUCACAAGUACUAGCUCUAUUACUAAUCUGUUAUUUUGUAUGAUCAUGAAAUUUGUAGAAUGAGUCCAGAAAUACAGAAAUGUUAGCAGCGGCUUGUGCAGUAGGCGUAUCAAGUUGUUUUGGAUCUCCCAUUGGAGGUAUGUAUAUGUUACAGGUCAAAAUUAAAUUCAGGGUAAAACUUUUUUACCUAGGUUGAUUCUCAAUUUCCUUUGUUUCCUGGCCCUGAUUACUCAUGAAUUAGGGCUAUGAGACAAAGGAAAUUGGGAAUCGACCUAGGUUAAAAAAAAAUUUACCUGAAUUUAAUUUUGACCUGCAACAUAUGGAUGAGCAACAUCGAUGAUCAUACAUUGAUGAUCAUGUAGGGGCAAUAAGGUGGCGUAGUGAAAAUUAAAGAUGGCAACACAGUAAUGAAGUGAAAAACUGAUAUUUAAACAUACAAAAAAACGUGAAAAAAAAAGUUUGGACACGUUCUAUCUUAUCGGUAACAGUUCCCGUGAACGUUUUCCAAACUGCAAUAUUUACAGUUAAUAUCAUUCUCACUGUAGUAUUAAUUGGUGCACCUUGUAUUGUGGUCCCCACUGAAAUGUUAACAGUGCAGUUUUGUAAAAAUGGCAGUUAUUUGCAUUUUGCAAGAAUCAAAUUUUCUGUAGGUACUUUUUUAAAAAAUCUUUGCUUUGUUGUGGCUGUUUUACCAGUAAAACCAUUUUGGAAGAAACAAUAAACAAACAAAUAUGAUUAUUGAACAUGUAGGCCAUUAGGGUAAUUAUUCAAUAUCAUAAUCCCACAACUUAUCACUAAUUUUGUUAUCCUAUAGGGGUGUUGUUCAGUAUUGAGGUAACUGCAACAUAUUUUGCGGUGCGGAAUUACUGGCGAGGAUUCUUUGCUGCUGUCUGUGGAGCACUCAUGUUUCGUCUUCUAGCCGUGUUUGAUAAAGAAGAAGGUGCUUUUAUUAAUAACCACUGAGUUUAAAAUUUGUUUUGAAGUUCCUUCUAUUUUAUUCAUUUUUCCCUCCUCAACCUAAUGUGUUUUUAAGAUUACACUAGAGCUUUAGUUGAAGCACUGAUAAAGCGGACAAUAUUAUUGUCAAGUCUGCAAGUCUAUUAUGUCCUGAAACAAGAGUAGAAAAAUUCAGUUAAAAACCCUUCAUUAAGCAUAUUGAAGUGCAUAAUCAAUUUGAACACCUCAACUGUCCACCACUGAGUUCAGCAGUGCAUCCCCAACUCAAAAACACACAUUUAGUCAUUAACUGUUUGCUUGUUGGGUGCAAUUCCAAAUGCAAGGCCCAUACCAUCAGCAACUUUUGUUACAGUUACUGUAGAAAAUGGUUAUAAUAGGUAACUGUCAAAUUACUUAAUGUCUAAACAAAUUGUGUUCUUUUCGCAGAAACGGUUACUGCUCUUUUCAAGACAAAUUUUAGAUUAGACUUUCCCUUUGAUGUGGAAGAGUUUUUGGCUUUUGCAUUAAUCGGGUAAGUAAGUCUAAUACCGUAAAAUUCCGAAAAUAAGCCCCUGGGCUUAUAUUUUUCAAAGGCCCUUUUUGAUGGGCUUAUUUUUGGAGGGGCUUAUAUUCGGAGGGGCUUAUCUACGGAGGGAAAUUUGCGUUUCAAAAUCGAUUGAGCUAGCCUUAUAGUUGGAAGUAAAUUUACUAUUUUUGCUUUGUUUUACUUUAUAUUUGAGGGCAAUUUUCCAAGUACAAGCCCCCGGGGGGCUUAUAUUUGGAGGGGUGAUUUAACGGAGGGUUUUUUGUGUUACCGGACUGGGGGCCUAUAUCUGGAGGGGCUUAUACAUGGAGGGGCUUAUUUUGGGAAUUUACAGUAUCUCCACUGUUCCAUUGCAAACACUAUCCUGUACCCUCUGUAAGCCCUGCUCCCUCUCUUUGGUCCUCUGAAAUACACCAUUUCAAUAUCAUUCUUCUCACAAUUUUCUCAGAAUUCUAUAAACCUUUAUGUUGUAGGUAUGGAUUAUUUGUGGAAAUAAAAUUUGCUUAUUAGUAAUUUCUUACUCUCAGAAGCAAACAAUGCAAGGUCAAAAUAAUAUUAUGCUAUGUCAGUUGUUAGUAUACUCACAUCUUUAUCUAAGUAACUUGUGUCUAGUCUUAUGUGGUAAUCAUUUUAUGUAUGAAUUUAAAUUAUUUUGACAUAUUUCUUUGUUUUUAGAUUGUUUUGUGGUUUUGGAGGAGCUUUGUUUGUGUUUACACAUAGAAAACUUGUUGAUAUGCAGAGAACACACAAACACACCAAGCUGGCAAAGUUUCUCACAAAGAAGUAAGUUACAGACAUGGCAACCUCAGCUGGAGAACUGAAUUCUGGAGACUUUAUCUUGCACUGUCCUGCCCUCCCUUCCCAUCCUCAGCCCACCCCACCCCCAGUAGCAACACAGAAAUAGUUAAUGACAGUGUUGAAAGGACCCACAAUUAUUCUGCCAGAAACUGCUACAAUUAUUAUUUUAACUUGCGAUUAAUGCUGAAGUUUGGGGCAAAAGUACAGAAAAGUUCAAAAGCCUCUUAUUUGGGAAAUAUUAAAAUAAUUAUGACUCUUGUGGGAGAGUGAGAUUUUUACCAUCUAUUUCAGAGACGUCUGGAUAAUCCAGGGGUCAGUUGUGUAAAACCCAUUGUUGGACGCAACCUAUGAUGUCUGGCAGGGUGCAAAGAAAGUCAGUUUUACAGCUUGCCAUUCAGGCAAGCUGUAGUUAGCGUGUACUAGCCCAAAAGUUAUUUUAACUGACCCAAUGGUGAGGGUUGAUAACAGUUCUUUUGUGAUUAGAAUUCAUUAAAAAAUUUCAUUUGCCAGGCAGGCAAGUUGAGAACAUAAUUCACUAGCCCAAUAGUAAAAUCCAUUAGCCCCAGGCUAUCAGACACCACUUUCUUUGCAGGCUGUCUUGCAUUGAAUUAAGGAGUUUGAAUGGGCUGAACAAUUCAAAUAUGCAAUUUUAGUCCCAGGAGAGUCCACCAAAAAGUUAUACAUGUGUUUGCCUUCCUUGAUUAGCCCUAACAGUCUCAACGGUCUUUCUUUUUUUCCAUUAUAUUCUAUAAUAAUUGGUGACAAUAACGGUAUAUUUGGUAUCAUAACUAGGUGUUUUGUUUCUUUUUAUGACAGCCGUUUUGUGUAUCCAGCUGUGGUGAUUUUCAUUAUUGCUACUGUAACGUUUCCAAAGGGACUUGGGCAAUUCAUGGCAGGAGAGGUGGGUCUUCAUUCCAUGGUUAUCACUAAUAUUAACUAAACAAAGUGUUGUAUGUAGGAAGAAGGAUUACCAGAGUUGGUUAGUGCAUGGCCUUCUGUGCUGGAGGUCCCAAUUGCGACUCCCAGAUGUGAUCUCCAAUCCUUCUUUUGACUUCUUUCCUUUCUAUGUAGCCUUAACCCUUUAAGUCCCAAUAGUGAUCAAGAUCAAUUUUCUCCUAACAAUAUCCAUACAUUGUUAACAGAUAAGUUAUGAGAAUUAAUAAAAUGAUCACCAGAGUAAAAGUGGCUUAAUCUUUUAUCAAAUUUUCUCAACUCAUUCUUUAAGGAAAUGUAUGGAGAUCAAUUUGGAGAAUUUGUAUGUGGAUACUGGGGUUUGAAGGGUUAAGUAGCUGCAAAUAUCCAUAAAAUAGAGCACUGAUGGACAGUAGGUAGCUCACAAUCGGCCUCAGGUUUGUUAGUGAGAUGACUAUUUCAAGCUGCUGAUGUAAAAUAAGGACUCCCCACUGUACCUUUUUUAAAAUGACAACAUCCGCUUGUCUUACUAUUGAUUUUUAUACUAAAUAGUGUAAAAUGUCUUUCGUCAUCAGUUAACGUCACAGCAAGCAAUAGAUGAGCUGUUUAUGAACAUCACCUGGUCUGAAGCACAAAACUCUGAAGAUCAAGCAAGUUUAAAUGUUCUAGAACACUGGGAUGGAGCCAAUACUAAUAUCUAUGUCACCUUGGUUAUAUUUAUUGUCCUCAAGGUACUUGAUGGAAACAUUUAUGGUCCCAGUUGUUCAACAAUGGAUAGCGCUGUUGGUCCGCUGGAUAAAUUACUAUCCAGUGGAUAAGUAUUUACUUGAUAGAGAUAAAUCCAGUGGAUUGAACAACUGGGGCCAUUCUUGGUUUUUGUAGUCUAAUUUCUAGGCUUUUAGAUAAUAUGUGAUCUUUAAAGUAAAAAAUUUAUCCAACAUUAUUUUAUGUUCUUGUCUUCCAUCAAUCAUAAUAUUUUGAGAAACAAAACAAAUGGAUAAAAUUCUCCAAAGGUUUUUUGCUCUCUGUAAAUCCUCUAAGCAAGCCUCCAGGAAAACAAAGGUUUUCUUCAGUGUUUUCAAAAGGUCCAUAGCUUUAAAUUACUUUUAGAUUUAGAUUUAUUUUGUUUGUUUCAUUUCUUUGCAAUAUUUAUGCAAUAUUUAUUUGUGAUUAACAGAGAUUUUUUUGUAUUGACAAUUACAACCAACUUCAAAAAUGAAAUUUCCAACGUACAAUAACUUUUCACGUCAUCAAACCCAAUGCAACACUAAGACAUCACUACGACAGACAUUGUAUAGUGGUUAAAAAACAAACAGUUUAUAAUGACCGCAGUAUCUGUUGCUUUACCCAUUCCUGCUGGUGUCUUCUUCCCCGUCUUUUUAAUUGGUAAGGAAUUAUUUUUCAUGAUUUAUUAUUUUAAUAGGUUUUACCCGUGCAGGAAUGCAGAGAUGAAUCUGAGAUCUACAACUACCAACAGAUUCAACUCUCAAAUAACAAACUAAUGGAAUCUUACGGGUAGGCUUGGCCUGGCUUGACUGUGAAUGCAAGCAUCAAUCAUUUGAGUUAUUGCUGUUUUUGUAGGAGCAGCAUUUGGUCGUCUUGUGGGGGAAGCCAUGGCAACGUGGUUUCCUGAUGGUGUUAACUCUGGAGAUGCUAUCACACCCAUUGUUCCUGGGGGAUACGCUGUUGUUGGUAAGGACAUAUGAUAGAACUAAGUUUUCUGAUGUAGCUGUACUGUUUCUUUCAAGCCUACUCCGCAAGUUUAAAGAAUUAAUAUUUUUGUUGGAAAUACAGUCAAACCUCCUAUAAGCGAUCACCCAAAAUGGGAAGAAUUAAUGGUUGCUUAUGGAAGGUGAUUGCUUAUGAGGAUCAAACCAAAGGGGGUGUCUUCCAAGUAGAGGUUUGGACUCAUCUACUCUAGCGAAGAUGAUUUAAUGCAUGCAAUUUCUAAGUUACAAUGCAUGUAUGUGUAGUUCUAUGUUGUCACUAAGAGUUCUUUGCAUAUACCUUGGGUGCAUUCCUUUGGGAUGACCCAUCUCAUGAUCAGUGAUCUGAGAUCACUCAGAUCACAUGCAUCAAAGAAAGUGAUGAAUUCUCUCAGGGCAACUAUUUAUUUAUUGGUUCCUUUGAUGCACCAUGAUCUAAAUAUCCUGGAUCCCCGAGGAUUCCAGAGGCCCUGCUAGGGGAGGGGGUCGCAUGUUGCCCAUCUGAAUUUGAAAACGUCUCGUGUGGGUGUUUAUAAAUGCUUGUUGCUUAUUGCCGACGUUGCCGUCACUGUCGCAAUUUGGCCGAGGGAGGUUGUCUGUUGUCGCUAUUUCAUUUAACGCGCUGUCGCUACUUUUUGGGCCAUGUCGCUUGUCGGAAUUUACCCUGGCAAGGCCUCAUUCCACCCCUAAACUUUUAGUCAUUUCUUUCAAUUUCCAGGAAAGCAGCUGAUCAUAGUUAUAUGUGCCUACUGUUUUUGUUUUGUGGUACACAGGAGCUGCGGCCAUGUCAGCAGCUGUUACACACACCAUUUCUACAUCUGUUAUUGUGUUUGAGCUCACUGGACAAAUCACUCACAUUCUACCUGUUAUGGUAUGUUCUAUGCAAUCCUUAACAUGUACAGUGCUUGGGUGACUAGUCAGAAUAAAGGUGCAAGUAUCUUUUCACUUCUGAUAAAAUACUAGAUUUAUCAUCUUCCAGUGUGUCUGGUACAUGCUUGUCAAUCAUGGAGAGAAUUUGAUAGUAGAUCAGGAGACACAUGGCAUGGGCCUUAUUCCAUCCAUCCCUUCACAGUUUAAAUUAAUAUCAUAAUCUUCUAUUUUGUUCAUUUGGAUUGGAACUGUGCAUUAUAUUAUGGCCAGUCUCACAACUGCAUCCUCAGCUGUAUUGAAGAAUGCAAAAUGAUUGCAUGCUUGAAUUAAUCUGAUUAAUGUCUUUUUCUGUUGUAGAUUGCUGUUUUGAUUGCAAAUGCCAUUGCACAGUGGCUGCAGCCAUCAUUUUACGAUAGCAUUAUUCAAAUCAAGAGGCUGCCAUAUCUUCCUGAUGUUACAAAAACUCAGUAAGCAACAAACACAGAGUUUCUUUGGACUCCACUCAUAUCUGCUGUGCUCUAAGGAAAACUGAAGGGAGCCCAGUGCUCUGAAGUUGUCCAGCAUAGGAUUUGUAUGGAAAGACUAAGACUCUUGUUGCCCAAGAGCAAAGGUUGAGUGCAAGGGGCUACCAGGCUCUGCUAUCCCUGACAUCAUUGAAAACACCUUUGAAUGAUGUAGCUGAAACCUUUAAACUUUUGGACAAAAUCCUGUGCUAUGACCAUAAAUGAAUUCACUUUAUUAGUACCUGUACUUUUCAAUGGUUUCUCCCUAUUCUAGAAAAUGAGAAAUAUAUUUUUUUUGUUACCUCUUGGGAGAAAAAAAUUUCUGAUUGGUUUGUUGUAUGACUUUCAGGGUUUAUAAUUUACUUGUUGCUGAUAUAAUGAAGACCAAACUUUUCUACAUCUCAUACACCUCCAAGUAUGCUGACCUUAAAGCACUCCUGGAACAUUCAGAUCUACGUUCAUAUCCACUGGUAGAUUCUGAAGGUAACUAAGUAAAUAUGCCAGUUUCUUUUUAUGUGGAAACUUGUUGAAAAACUCUUAUUUGGGCACAUACUCUCUUUCCCAAUGCACCCCAAUUCUCCCCCGCCCCCCACAACCCAAAGGGUAUUCUAUGAAUUUUUGGGUGGGAAUAUGCCACUGGGACCCCAGAGCCCUAAAUUUUGCUACUAGGGAACUCCCCUCUUUUUUUUUGAGUGGGAAUGCAUGCUUUCCUUAGUCUAGAAUAAAAUUGUCAACAAACUGAUCAGUUUCCUGGAAAUUGAUACCUUUAUUCUAGACUUAAACUAUUUGAUUUGUGUACCCCAUCCCAUACUUAACUGCUUGAAAACCAUACCCUUCACAGCAUUAUUUCCUUAAAUAUGUACUAUAUAGCCUAUAUAUGGUAGUACCUAGUGGGUAUCCAGACCUUCAGAUAAGGUGGGGGCCGGUCAUCCAGACCCUGAGAUAAGGGUCCCGGUCUCCAAAAAAAAAAAUUUUUUUGGCCCUUCGGGCCUCAUUUUGGUCAAAAAAUAAGGAGGGGGGGGCCACCCCCCCCCCCGGGCCCUUCCCUGGAUCCGCCACUGGUAUCACUCCCCCCAGGAGACUCUUUUAUUGCUCAUCAAUCCAUUUUGAACAAAGGGCUGAUACUGCACCUCUCCACUAAGAUGAUUACAAGUGUACCAUGAAUUUGCUCAAAAUAAACUUACUGUAAGUCAUUAUUAUGUGAGAAGGGAAACAGCCUUAGAGGCGUCUGUGGGGAGAAUAAAGUAACAGCUAUGUGUAGAGUAGGAAGUGGUGUUGUUUUACAUGCUAAUAAUAAUAAUGUUGUUGUUGAAAUUUUUAGAUUCCAUGAUUCUCCUUGGCUCUAUUCAACGACCUCAACUUCAGUCACUGCUCAAUCAACACAUGCAAAAAGCAUUUCAAACCAGCAGCCAGGCAGAGAGUGAGAGUGCUGUGUGCUCUCGUCCAGAGACACCGGACUCACUUCCUGAGUAAGUAAACCUAUCUGCGGAGACUCAGGUGCAGUCAGUCUUGGGUGUUAAAGACAAUGGAAGAUAUCAGCACAAAAACCAGGCUUUGCUUUAUAAAUCCCAACUUGGACAUACAAAACUUUUGCCAGAGGGUUUACAGCAAGAAUCAGUGAAGAAACCAAGCUUCAAUAAUUUUUUAAAUCCUAACAUGGGCUUAUAAAUUGAAAUUUGUGCUACAGGGUACAGUACAAACAUCAGAGCAAACAACAAGGCUUUGCUUAAACCCCAGCUUGGACGCACAAUAAGAAUAUGUACGAGAAGGUUCACAUUUAGGGUCCCAUGCCUGUGAAAACAUGGCAAACUCUUGGAGAUGUAAUACCUGUGGCAAAGGCUUUCAUACGCAUGGAACCCAAAUUUAACCCUUUAAACCCUAAGAUCAAAAUUUGAAUUCUCAUUUGUUGCCCCUAUACGUUUGCUAUAAAGGUUGUAGUGAGAAGUUGUUAAAGUAUCAACUCAUUGAUCUCGUGUGAUCAUGUCCUUAAAUCUCAUCACCAAUCUGUUUUAUAAAGCAUUGAUAUCACAAGGAGAAUUUUGAUACGGAUCACUCUUUGGGCUUAAAGGGUUAAAGCGGCCAUGCAAACACAAGCAAUCUAAUCUAGUGGUUUCCUGUGACACUGCUAGACUGUUCAGUAGUCUUUGUCCUUUUGCGCUUGACUGUUGAUUUAUUGGUACUGAUUACUGAAGAUACAUUUUGAAAACUUAAGAGGUUGAGCUUCAAAUGACUUUGCAUGGAUUGAAGUGGACACUCUUUUACUGGUCAGUGUAAAACCCGGCCUGCAGAUUAUCGUUUUCACCAUGCGAAUGAGUUCGUGACAACAAUAGUGCCAUUGUUUUCUAACCCUAUAAACAAUUAAUAGUCUGCAGCCAGUCUGCAGUCUGCAUUUUACACUGCCCGCCUUUUAAUGCUAAUCUUCAGAAACUUAUCUUUACAUCAUUUGAAGGUAUAGUGUGACAUAUUUUGAGUGACAUACGUUUCUUUCAGGGACCACAGCAGUGAUGGCCAUGUCUCUCCUACAACGGUCGAAGUGUCAGCUCAAGUAUCACAAAAAGUAUGUUUUGUUACAAAACAAUAACUGCCGGACAGAUCAGAUCAUCCAUUUGUUUACUUGUUUGUUCAUUGAAUCACAAAAUAAAACAGUCACUUGUGGAAUCCAACAAUUAAUUUUAUAAUUUUUAUAUUUAUUUUUUACUUUGAUAGUCAAGGUCUUGGAGAAUAAGUAUUUUAAUAACUAGUUUACAAUUGGCAAGUUUACAAGUAAUUUAGUUAGUUUUUAAUGUUUCAAAGAAAUAUUCUUUAACACUAGGGGAGGAAAUUCUUGAAAGUUGCACAAAACUUCCAGAACCCAUUUGAAUCUCUUCAUCAGUGAUGUUUGCUGUUAUUCGCAGCAAACCUCCGAAAAUGUCAUUGAUGAAGGGGUUCAGAUGAGUUCUGAAAGCUUUGCGUAACUUUCAAGAAUAUGUUGGUGUAGAAGAAUAAUUAUUUUUCUGCAAUUAUAAUGUCCCAACACUCACUGUGGAAUCUCAAUUCGGUCACUUUUUAAUGUUUUUGUUUUACUCUGCAGGUCACAAGCCCAAGACCUUCCACUGGAAAGUCUCUGUUAGACAAAAUAACAGGUAGCCUUAAAUGCUUGUGUUCUUUGUUCAAACCUUGCAAACUGCAAAAUUGAAAUUCCCCGAGCAAUGCUUGAUACCGUCAGAAAUUCAUUUUCUUUUUGAUGACUUGUAGUUUUUUUUGUUCAUUUUUUAGUUCCUGCCAGACUUCAUAAGCUGUUUGGUAGUGGGUCAGCUCUUAAUGAUGCUGAGGUUGGUUUGUUCUUCCUUUUCUGUUUUGAAUUAUUUGUGACACUUUGUUCCAAAUAAAAGUUGCUCUAGGUUGCUAUCUUGUGCUAAAUUACACCAGCUAUCAUAAUGGUUACCAACGAGAAUGCCAUUUGUAUAUUUUACUAAUUCAAGUACAAAGCAAAGUUAUCACUUCCAGCAUUUUGGACUAUGCUGUUACAAUAUUAAUUUUUUAUCUUUUAUCUAUUUCUAAAAUGAGCCAAAAGAAUCAUAACUCAGGGUUGUCAUUAAGAGGUGGGGGCUGGGGAUUUCCCCUGGCUACUAAGAAUGUGGCCCCCGGCUACUUUCAUAGGAAAAUAGACGAAAAAUAGAACCAAAAGAAAUCCCUAGCUGUUUGAUUCCCUGCCUACUUGUUGUAUUUACCCGGCAACUUGAAAUCUUAGUGACAGCCCUGCAUAACAUAAUUCAGUCUGAGUACAAAUCAUGCAGAUCAACUCUUAUACUUCUCUUGUGUUUUCAAACUUUCUGGUCAUUCUUCACAGCUCAGUUACCAUAACUACUCGUUAAAUGAAAGAAUUUUGUUUUCUUUCUUGUAGAGAAUAGCUGAAGCAAGUGAUAAAGAUGGUCCUAAUGGAGAACAGGUAAGCUCAUUAUCACCUUGUUCUUCUGAAACUGAUCUAUUAUUCAUAACAAGGAAGUAAAUAUGGACUGUUAGCAAAUGCUGAUGGUUUGUUUUGAGCGCACAAUCCAUCAACUGCUCUUAAUGGUCUGUAACAGUGCAUCAGUGUUGGACUUGACUGAGAAUUCUUGACAAUUUGAAAAGCUAUAGCUGGCAUUUGAUUCUUAAUGUUUCAGACGUUGACAUAAAAAUGUCAUCAGCUGUGUUGUGUUUCCUCAACCCACUCCUUUCCAUCUGUAUAUCAGAAGAAACACCCAAAACUGUCAAACAUCUAACCCUUUAAACCCUAAGAUCAAAAUUUGAAUUCUCAUUUGUUGCCCUUAUUCAUUUCCUACAGAAGUAGUGGGGAGAAAUUGAUAAAAUAUCAAGCAAAUUCAUCUUGUGUGAUCAUGUCCGUAGUUCUCAUGUCCACUCUGUUUUACAAGCAUUGAUAUUACAAGGAGAAAUUUGAUGCUGAUCACUCUUAGGGCUUAAAGGGUUAAUAAGCUCCAAUAAAAGACUACAUAUCCAGAAAGAUGUUGUUGUUAAAUUUCUGGGUGUCAACGACAAUGGUUUAUCAUUGCCGUGAUGACCAUUCAAUAGUCUACCAGCGUUCUUUGUUUUUAUCACAGCAAAUUCAAUGGGAAAGAGAACUCCUACAGAGGACAAUAGACUACAGUAAUUGUCAAAUAGAUCCAGCUCCAUUCCAGCUGGUGGAGAGAACAUCUCUUCUUAAGGUAUAUCCUUUUUAUACCAUUAUUUUCAACACCUUAGCAUAUGGACAAAUAACAGUAGAUUAUGUUGUAAUAGUAUAUCAUAUAAUAAUAUAGCCCCUAACCCAUUAUAGUGUAUUGUGUAGCCAAUUAUAGACCCCAUGUUAGUUACUUUUGAGGCAAUAAUAUUGUAAUUUACUCCUAAGCCACUUUCUCUUUAUGCACUUACCCUAUAAAGCCCAGUUGGUCAGGCAUCCUAAAAUGAGUUCACACAUUUUUUUUUUCAAAUUUCUAGACACAAAAAAUUUUCUCAACCCCCAAAUCCCAAAAAUGUGUAACCCCAUUCUAGUAACUCUUAUGAAAAUGUAACCCCGUUUCAGUCGUGCAAUCCAGUCGUGAAUAUGCAAUCCCAUCCAGCGGCACAUUAGCCUCUAACUAGGAGUAAACCCCUCCCCCCGGGAUGGGAAGACACUUUGUACUGGUAUUGUAUUUUGGGGAUGUUUUAACCUGAGUUACCAGUCAGAUCGCUUCUUACUAGAGAUUUCUGCUAAUAUCAGCUGCCCAUUAGAAGUUUCGUCAUUUUAGGUUAUUAAUGUUGAAAUUUAUCAGCCAGUUGCAGAAUUGCAGGUAGCCAUUCUCCCUCUCCAUCCUCCACCAAUACAUAGGAGUUUUUUUGCAUCUACAAUGGUCUCAGCAGCAAAGGCAUCACACAAAAUUAAUAGUGAAAUCACUCUGCCUUAAACUUUUUCGCUCUCAUUCCAUCUUGUUCAUUUUUAAUUCUUCAAAUGUUGGCAAAUUUUUCUGAAGUUGAACUCUAACAGACUGUAAGUUCAGAAAAAGAAAUAUUAAAAUAAUCGUUUUCUCAUUGUCAUGUCCUUCAUAUAAUGGGAAAUUACGAAGUCAAAUGUCCUGGUCAUGCAGUGAUGGCAAAGAGAUGUAAAAAAAUGUGUGAUGCAUUUGCAGAGUUGUUGUUUUGUUGUUAUCUGAACCUACAUGUAUGACUCUUUGGUCUUUCUUAUUGCCUUCACUAUAGUCUUUGUUAAAGCUCCUUGAUAUUGUACUGUUUACAUCUACAAGUGAAUGUUAGACUUUGGUUUUAAUUUUAUUCGAUGGUGUCUUGUAGGUUCACAAGCUUUUUGCACUUCUUAACCUUUCGCAUGCUUAUGUGACUACUCUGGGUCGACUGGUGGGCGUUGUAGCUCUUAAAGAGGUAAGUAGAGAUCACCCUGACAGUAGAGCAAUAAUAUUUCGUAUGACCUUGAAAAAUGGUUUUGGUAAGUGUUCGUUAUUUGUCUUAUCAGCCAAUGGAUGAAAAGAUCAAACCAUGGUCUCUUCAUUUUCCCACCAAAGAAAACCCAAACUUGAAGAAGGCAUUGUUCGAUUGGCCAAUCGUGUUGCAGUAUGACGUCAAAGCGAAGUAUUGAUUGAAUUCUGGAAGGUUCUUAGCUGAGUAUUUGCUUAACCAAACAAAAGCCAUGCGUCUUUGUAUCUGUUCGAUAUACCAAUAAAAUCGCUCUAUUUUUGUUUGUUUGUUGUUUCUGUUUUGUUUGCGCAUUUUCAUUUAAAGGUUGUACAAAAAUUGCUCUAUCAGGAUCAUAACAUAAACCUAUUGGCUGCUCUGUGCUUCCUCAAACUACGUAAAGAUACCAAAGUCCUUGUAAAUAUUUGUUUAAAAAUAUAUUACUAAUUAACACAGAAUUUUUAAACUUUCACUUUGAAUUUUUUUCAAGAGUUAUUGAACAUUAGAAACCCUUAUGAAGUUAUCAAUAUACAUUUUCAUCUUUUUUUGGACACCUUAGUUUGGAUGAAAAAUAAACAUCUAUGCACUUUUCACUGUGUGGAUUUCAGAUAAAACACUCCUUUUUCUUUUUGAAGUGUAAAGUCUCACUUGUUUUCAUUGCAGGUUCGCCAGGCAAUCGAAGGUGAGAGGUUUAUGGAUAAAACAAAUGUUGAUGCUGUGGAGGAGAUGGGUAGCGGAAGCUUUAUAUCAACACAGGAUCAUGAUGUUAUGCUUCAGCCAUACAAUAACGAGCCCCACCCCACUAUAGAAGUCUCUGAUCCUCAUUUGUAA